AUGAUUGAUCAAGGCGAGAACAUAGGUGGCGAGAAUGAAAAUUUUGAAAAUGAUACUGCUGGUGGAGUAGAAACAAAUGAGCGUGAAAGAGGCCGCGAUACAAAUGAAAGUUCAACGAAUGAGUGUGAGACAAAUGAUCGAAACAUACCACAAAUGAUGGAGAAACAAGACUUUGAAUUUCUUGGAAAUUUACUGAAAAAGGAAUUGGAAAUUUUUAAGCGGGAAAAAGAGUUGUUAAGAAAGGAAAAUGAUUUGUUGAAGAAGAUUGCUAUGUUUGAAAAGACACGUGAAGAUAAAACUACCGAAAAUGUUACUGUAGAUGUCAAUGAUAAUGACACAAUGAGCAUAAAUGCAUCAAAUGAUGAGGGAUUUAAUUCCAACAUGCAUAGAAACAAACUGAAUGCAUCCUUUGGUAUUUUGAAGGAUUACGAUGGUGGGUUGUUGCCAGAAUUAUGGAUAACCCAAUUUAAGAGUGUUAUUGAUGUGUAUUCUGUGGAUGAAAAUACAGCGAAGGCCUUAUUAAUGUGCAAGUUGAGAGGAAAAGCUCAGGCAUGGUUACAUUCAAAACCGAAUUUCAUUUACGAGAGCACCGAGGAAAUAUUGACACAGAUGAAAGAAAUUUUCUGUACGAAGGAAAAUAAAUUAAUGAUGCGACGUAAAUUUGAAGCGCGCAUAUGGAAAUUUGGAGAAACGUUUACAGAUUAUUAUAAUGACAAGAUUAUUUUGGCCAACAAGGUUGAUGUUUCGGAUGAUGAGUUGAUAGAUAACAUCAUUGAAGGUAUUCCUGAUGAGCAGCUUAGAGUUCAGGCUAACUUGCAAUGCUACACUAAUAAGACGCAACUCCUACAGGCCUUUUUCUAA